AUGCUGACUCACACGGUUCUUUUUGGCGUCGYGCUGGCCACUCUCGGGUCCGCUCGAGAAAUCAACUUCCCUCCCGUUGCUGCGCUUCAAUAUCCCAUGGUCGCACAGGUCCCGGGCUUGGAAGAGGAUGUCAGCCAGGCACUUUAUGCGGGAUUGACUACCUUUGCCAAUCUACCAUAUGUUCAUUGUCUCCAGAAAGGAGGCGAGGUGGAGAAAUAUGAUAUUGCGAUUUUGGGAGCCCCGUUCGAUACUGCUACAACUGGAAGACCCGGGACGCGCUUUGGACCCGGUGGAAUACGACAGGGCAGUAGAAGAAUCAGGCCGCAGUUCUCAUACGACGUGUACUCGGGGAAGAAUCCCUUCUUGCAAGGGUUGAAGAUAGUUGAUUGUGGUGACGUGCCGUUGACUUUUCUCGACAAUACCGUUGCGUUGAGACAGCUCGACAGAGCGCAUGAGAUCAUCUCAGGUCGGGCCACAAAUGAUUCGACCUACAGCGUACCUCGCUUGAUCACUUUAGGCGGCGACCACACCACGACAUUGCCGGCUUUGAGAUCAACUUUCAAACACUUUGGACAAGUCAGUGUCAUUCACUUCGAUUCUCAUCUCGAUACGUGGGACCCCAAGGUUCUGGGAGGUGGUAUUUCUCACUACGCUGGAGUCAAUCACGGGACCUUUCUCCAUAUAGCCCACGAAGAGGGACUCAUUCGUAACUCAUCGAUCCACGCGGGCAUUCGGGCUCCAGUGUCCAAUGCCAAGUUCGACCUCAAAAACGACAAGGCUUGUGGUUUCCACAUCUUGACAGCCAGAGACCUUGACAGGUUCGGCAUGGCGGGUUUCAUCGACAGGUUGCUUGAGCGAACUGCCGGAACUCGAGUUUACAUCUCGGUGGACAUUGACGUUCUUGAUCCAAGCUAUGCGCCGGCGACUGGCACAGCUGAGCCGGGAGGAUUCACCACCAGAGAACUGCUCACCAUCCUCGAUGGUCUGAGCGGGAUCGAAAUAGUGGGAGCCGAUGUGGUCGAGGUUUCACCUGUUUACGACAAUUCCGGAGAGACGACCGGCCUGGCCGCCGCAGAGGUCGUACGCUCUCUCAUUCAGCUCAUGGCUGAUACGCCAGUCAAGGCCGGGGAAGCAGUCGAGGCAUAG